AUGUCAUCUAAAUGCGAAUCUAUGGAUUUCUCCAUCGUCUGAGUUGUGGAGGAUUUCGACACAAACCCAGUAGGAGGGCGUAGUGAACUCUAGUUGUACAUAAAUUGCAUUUCCUUUUUGGGUCUAAUCCGCUGACAGUUUUUCCACUCGUUCCAGGCUUGCUCAUGUUAUUCACUUCCGCUUAUGCGAUCCUCUAGAAAAUCAACAUCGCUUCAAACUACGGACACUUUUCGCCUUCCACAUCUAUUUGAAUAUGGCUACAGUAAGCACUACUGACGAUGUGUGUGAAUGGCAGCUCACUAAGAACACAGUCUGCGAGCGAAUCAAGCACAUGUACAGAAACCCGCUUAUGGCUGAUGUAUACUUCACUGUCGCAGAUGGGCAAAGUUCUUCUUGUAAAGUCAACAUCCCUUGUCACAAAUUUAUCCUGGCUGUCAGCAGCCCUGUUUUCUAUAAGAUGUUCUAUGGUGACCUUAAAGAACCCUCUGAUUAUAUUGAUCUCCCUGACUGCGAUUCAGAGGGAUUUCUUGAGUUCUUACGUUUCUUCUAUUGCGACAAGGUCAAAUUGACAGGAGAUUGUGUUAUCCAAGUGCUCUACUUGGCCAAAAAGUACAUGAUUCCGUCGCUAGCAGACCGUUGUAGAAGCUUCUUAGAGAAAAAUAUCAACGCUGAAAAUGUCUUGGAUGUAUUGCCGGUUGUAGAAAAAAUGGAGGAGGCCCAUUUGUAUAGUGUUUGCUGGAAAGUUAUUGAUACACGUACAGCGAAGGUCCUUGAAUCUGCCCCUGAUGCAAUUCUGGAAGGCAACACUCAUCUGGUUCCUAUAUUGAAGAGAGAUAGUCUUGUUGUCCAAGAGGUGGAUGUUUUUCAAGCUGUGAAUCGCUGGGCAGAGACUAUUUGUGCAAAACAAGGAAAAACUCCUAGUGGAAAGGAAAAAAGGACAAUUAUUGGGGAAGAAAUUUUGAAGCUAAUACGUUUCCCUUCUAUGCCACAGAGUGUAUUUGCUGAAAAUGUUGUUGACACCAAAAUACUCACAGACACUGAGAUCAUUGAAAUGUUUAUGUAUUUUAGCGUAAAUCGGAUUCCCAGAGAGUUUUCUUGCUUUCCAAGGUGUCUAAACAUUUUGCAUCUGCGGCGUUGCAAUAGAGUCAUUGAAACUUACCCCUGGGGGACCCGUCCGUUAAGACCUCGUUCUGGCGACUUUACUGAAUCCACCUCAUUCUCUGUCAAUAUUCCAAUCGUACUUGGAGGAAUUUUCAUCAGUGGGAAAGAAGGAGAGGAAUAUACAGUUACACUAAAACUCAACGAUAAAUUUGUCUCGGAGGGUUGUUUCCUGAGCGAAGAGAGAUGGGACGGCAGAAAUGGUUUUUACAUUAUCUUUAAGCAAUACCACUUGGUAAAUCCCGAUCUACCUUACAUCCUUAAAGCGUCAAUCAAAGGAGAACGAUUUAGUUAUCGAAGACAAAUUAAGAAGGAGCUGGUUGCUGAGAAAGUUACAUUUCGAUUUGCUGGCCCAGCCAUCCUAGAUGAGGAUAUAUGCAUUGUAGAAAUUCUUUUCAGACAUUUAAAGAGCACGUAAUCUAUAUCAUUUUAGUCAAGUGAGCAUACUUCAUCAAAGAAACUUAGUCAUAAAGAUCAUCAUGAUUUGAGAUUUUAGACACAGGAGAGUCACUCCUGUACCUGUCCAAUUACAAGCAAACCAAUCCCCAGCUUAUUUUUUGUCUUUUAUCACUCACCUGGGUGGUAAAUAGUCUAUGUCGUAACAAGUCUAUAUCUAUAUUUUUUCCUAAACUUCUCUAUAUUUCCAUCCAUCGCUUUGACCGUGAAAGGUAUGCCUGUUUUAGACUGAUUUAUAACUAGUCAGAGUGGAUUAUGUGCACUGUAACUCUUAUUGGAAGAUCUUUGCCUUAAAGUAAUAAUGGAGUACAGAGCAACCAAUGAUAUGUUUAACAAAAAGAUUUCAUGUUGCAGUGCUUCUGUUCAGUAAUGGAUCACAGCUGACAUAAAAAUGUGCUAAUGAAGAACAAAACAGAUGACACACGAGGCACUGCCAACUCUCUUAUGUUCUUACCACACUUAGUGUCUUCUGUUAUCUAUACCUGUACACAUUCCGGCAAUUUGGAAUCUUUUGUUUCAUAUGAAAACAAAGCAAAAUGUGUAACAACAUCACAAACUCUUGCUGAUAAGCUUGCCUAUUCUCCCUACCAGUUUGUAAGAUAACAUAUUGGAAUCGGAAGGAGAAGUUACAGGUUCAUCACUUCUGAACAUUUAAUGGUUACAGAAAUGCCAUAAAGAUGCUUAAUCUCUUCAGACCUCCUGGUGCAGACUUCUUGUCCACAAUUCAGGGGGAUAUUCCCUUUUCAUCAAUACCUUGCUGCUCAUUAGGAAUAGUUUACAAAUAUACAGCCUCACCCAGCCUACAUUCUCCCUAAUGGAACACAUCAAAAUUUGUUUUUAAUUUCACUCAGAGAUAUUCUUUAUUUUCUUUUAUUGAUAGAAAAUUCAAAGUUCAUUUACAAACAAAAAUUGGGACUAUAAUAAUUUCAUGUUUCCAACUGUUAUGUAUGUUAUGAGGGAACUUUAUGGAUGGCAACUGUGACAUUUCCUUCUGAUCUCACAAGCAGAUUA